UCACUCUCACUCUCUUUCUUUCUCUGGCAGCACUCAGCUUUUUUGGCAGGAGUGACCAGAAUAAAAACAGCAACACCAGACACAGAAGAGAAAAAAGUGCAAUGAUCCAUCGAACCAACGGCUUUGCCCUUUCUUAAUUACGUCGUGUCCAGUAUCAUUUUCUUUUUUCCUCCCCUCUUCAUUUUUUUUCAGACAUUUUUGAAGUGGUAAUUAGCUCUUGGAGAAUAAAACCAGCUGAUUCGGGGAGGGCCAGUGCAUUUUGGAGCGAGAUGGCUAACAGGAGGGCUGCGUUGCUCCUUCUCGGAUUCUUCCUCACCAUACAGCUAAAUCCUUCGCUGCAAGGAGGGGUGUAUGUGCCUCAGGGUUCAGCUGGAGGAGGACCAGGUGGGGCUGGAUAUCUACCAGGUGCUGGACUUUACCCAGUGGGAGCCCAGAGCGCUUCAACUUUCUGUGGAGCAGAUGGACGCUGCCUUCCUCAUGGUGCUGGGACGUCCCAAUACAAAGCAGCAAAAGCAGCAGCAGGAGGAUAUGGAGGAGCUGCUGGGACUGGUGCUCAAACUGGAGCUUUAGGGGCUGGAGGUUAUGGAGCUGGUGGUUAUGGGGCUUAUGGCGCAUAUGGUGGUGCUGGAAGAUUCUACCCAAUGGCUGGAGGUCUGAAACCGGCUAAAUCAGGCACUGGGCUACCAGGUGGUCUUCCAGGAGGAGGUCUUCCAGGAGGAGGUCUACCUGGAGGAGGUCUACCUGGAGGUGCUGGUGUAAAGCCCCCUAAAGGCGGGCCAGGUGUAGGAGGAACUGGUACUGGUCUCCCAGGCUUUGGCAUUCCUCAGACUGGUGUACAAGGACUGGGCCCUGGUGGGGUUGGACCUGGAGGGAAAGCAGCAAAACCUGGAAAAGCUCCAGUGCCAGGAGUGGGAGUGCCUGGUCCGUAUCAAGGGGGACUUGUUCCUGGACAAGGCUUCAAUGGACGGGGUGUUCUUCCUGGUGUAGCCACUGGAAAUGGACUCAAGCCUAAAUCAGCUGCUGGUGGUGCUGGGCAGGGUCUGGUACCAGGUGCUGGUGGGCGUGGAUAUGGUGGACCACUGCAACAAGGAGUUUUUCACGGAUACCCUCUGAAAUCUCCCAAAUCCCCAGGUGCUGGUUUGCCCUACACUGGUGGUAAACUUCCAUAUGGUUAUGGUGGCUUUGGUGGAGGUGGUGGACUCCCCGGUGGGAAAGCAGGAGCUGGCUCCAAGCCGGGUUAUCCAACAGGGACUGGUGUGGGAUCUUUAGGAGUCUCUGCUGCACAGGCCAAAGCUGCUAAAUAUGGUGCUGGAGCUGGUUUGGGUGGGGCUGGAGCUGGAGCUUACCCAGGUGGUGCAGGUGGACUUUACCCAGGGGCAGGAGGUGUGGGAUCUUUAGGGGUCUCUGCUGCACAGGCCAAAGCAGCUAAAUAUGGUUUGGGUGGGGCAGGUGGAGCUGGUGCUGGGCCUGGUUAUGGAGGACUGUACCCUGGAGCAGGAGGUGCAGGUGGUGUACCAGUUGGUGGAGUAGCGGGGGGAGCUGGAGUAAUUCCUGGAACAGCACCAGGGGCUGGAGGUCUGACACCUGCUCAAGCCAAAGCUGCUAAAUACGGUUUGGGUGGGGCAGGUGGAGCUGGUGCUGGGCCUGGUUUUGGAGGACUGUACCCUGGAGCAGGAGGUGCAGGUGGUGUACCAGUUGGUGGAGUAGCGGGGGGAGCUGGAGCAAUUCCUGGAACAGUACCAGGGGCUGGAGGUCUGACACCCGCUCAAGCCAAAGCAGCUAAAUACGGUUUGGGUGUGGCAGGUGGAGCUGGUGCUGGGCCUGGUUUUGGAGGACUGUACCCUGGAGCAGGAGGUGCAGGUGGUGUACCAGUUGGUGGAGUAGCGGGAGGAGCUGGAGUAAUUCCUGGAACAGCACCAGGGGCUGGAGUGUAUCCAGGUGGAGUGAAGCCUCCUAAAUAUGGAGGAGCAGGAGGGGCUGGUGUUUUCCCAGGUUAUGGUUCUGUUGCUGGGAUCGGAGGACCUGGAGCUGUGCCUGGGGCUGGAGGGCUAGGAGCUGGCGUCAAACCUCCUAAAUAUGGAGUACCUGGAGGAACAGGUUUCGGAGUCCCUGGAGGAGUACCAGGAGGAGUCCCCGGAGGAGUACCAGGAGGAAUACCAAUAACUGGAGCUGGAGGAUACCCUGCUGGUGCCAAAGCUCUUAAAUACGGUUUGGGUGGUGGUGGUGGUUUACCAGGAGGGACUGGAUUUGUCCCUGGGCAUCAGAGACCAGGUUUGGGCGGAGCUGGAGGAGUCCUAGGUGGAGUUGGAACAGGAACUGGAUAUCCCAUUGGAGGAUAUGGAACCGGGGCAAAACCACCUAAAUAUGGUGUACCGGGUGGAGUACCUGGAGGUGUACCUGGUGGUGUUCCGGGUGGUGUACCUGGUGGUGUACCUGGAGGGUACCCAGCAGGAGUUAAACCUCCAAAAUACGGAGUCGCGGGAGGUGCAGGAACGGGACCUGGUGCAGGAGCACCACUGCCUGGGACAGGAUUGACACCAGGAGGAUAUCCUAGUGGAGUCAAACCUCCUAAAACUGGUGCUGGGAUCACUGGAACUAAUAUAGCAGGUCCUGGUGCAACACCUGGUGGUGACGUGGUGGUCGUACCGGGUGGCACUGGGGUGCCCAUUGCACCAAGUGGAAAACCAGCAAAGCUUCCAACCCUGACCCCCUCAGGGACUGAUCUACCAGGACCGACAGCUAUUGUAGCCACUGGCAAGGCCCCUGAGCUCAGUGGUGUGCAAAGAGUGCCUAGUGGUGCGGGUCCUGGUGGGGUUAACCCCUAUGGCUAUGGCCCGUUUUAUGGCAGCACUGGGCCAUCUGGAAUCGGAACCGGUGUGUUACCUGGAGCCAAACCUCUGAAAGCCCCUGGUGUUGGAGGAGCAGGAGGUGUUCCUGGACUCAUACCUGGAGCAGGUGGAGGGUAUCCAGCAGGUGCUGGAUUGGGAGCUGGUGGUGUUGGAACUGGAGCUAAACCCCCUAAACCAGGCUACGGCUCUUUGGGUACAGGAUAUGCACAGCCAGGUGGUGCAGUUCCAGGAGGAUAUGGAGGAUAUCCACAAGCAUAUCCAGGAGGAUAUGGAGCAGGACUGUCACCACAACAAGCCAAAGCAGCCAAAUACGGAGGUGGACUGACGGGAUUCCUGGGAGGAGGUUAUCGAGGUGGAGCGGGCUGCCAAGGAAAAUACUGCGGGAGGAGAAGAAAGUAAACGAUCUCUUGAGAUGUGAAGUGACCUCAAGAAACAUGGUGCUACUGCAUGCUCUAGAAUGUACUUUUGAUACUCAAACAAACAGUCCCAUCAUGCACAAGUGUUAUGUUUUGUUUUGAUAGUAAAUAUUUGUAACAAAUCCAAAUCCAGAUCCAUAAAACGUCUAGUGUUUUGUGGCAUUAAUUCCAGUCCUGAUUGUUUAUGGCACAUUCCAUCAUGUUACUGUUUCCGGUUGUAGGGUUGCAUAUGUAACCGGGUUCAUUAGCUGCCAAUGCUUUUGUGUUGUGUAACUGUAAAGGUUUUAAGCGCCGACCUCUUCGUUUUGGAGCUCUGACACCACCGGAAGCUCUUUUGUGCAGUUACAGUCACGAUCUAGCUCUC